UGUAAAAUGAAUUACUAUUAUCCUGUCUAUUCAAAUCCACAAAAUACAACUAACUUCAUUAAUUGCGUUCUUGAUUUUGAUAGCAAACUCUAUAUUGGAGAUGCUCAAGCAUUUUAAUAUUAUCAGAAUUAUGAUGUUAAAGCCAUAAUAUCUUUCUCUACAGAAUAAAGUAAACAUUCUAUUAACUUAUUUACUAGAUUUUCAAGCUAAUUCAGAUGCUGAUUAAAUGGUUUUACAAGUUAAUGAUCGUCCAUAAUGUGAUAUCUCUGGAUAUUUCGAUAAAACCAAUAAAUUUAUCAAAAAACACAUGAAUGACAAUCACAACGUACUUGUACACUGUGUGGCAGGAAAAUCUAGAUCUGCUACUAUAGUGUUAGCCUAUCUUAUGUAUUCUCAAGAUUGGACCUUACAAGAAGCAUUGAUAUACUUAAAAAGUGUUAGACCAUUAGUAUGUCCAAAUCCUGGAUUCAUACGAUAAUUAUUAAAAUAUGAAGAGAAACUAUUAGGUUAAGUUAAAAGCAAUCUAACUCAUGAUAUUACACCAUAUUACAAUGUCUAGAAGGCAGACACAAUAAUACCAGAAGGACCUGCUAUAGGACGAAACUAUUAAGUUGAUUAGAAUGUGUAUAGUAGAAGAUCCUCAUUUGUUUCUCCACCAUCUUAACUUUUGGGACAUCAGAGGUCAUGCUAGUAAUUCUAAUAUGGAUGGAGAUAUUAUUGAA